CAUUGAAAAGACCACCGAAAAACGAACUCAACAAACUCGGGAGGAUUUCAAUGGGAAUCGGCUAUAUUCGGAAAAUGACUGUUGGGCACGGCGGAAAAGCAUCUGGACCACCGAAGCGACCCACUCCCCUCCAGUAUAAAACACCGCCGGAGUCCCCAUUAAUCUUCAUCCCAUUCCAAACAUUCCGUUGUAGGCAUCUAUCCAAGGAGGCAGCAGUAGUUUGAGGAAGUUUAGAUAGUACAAGAUGAAGGGCUUGGGCUGUUGUUUGUUUAUCUGUGUUCUUCUGUCAUCAUUUUCAAUUUUGUCUACGGCGCUUACUGAUGCGGAAGCUUCUUUCAUUGCCGGCCGCCAACUUCUAGCCCUGCAUAUGAACGAAGAUUUGCCUGACAAUUACGAUCCCAAGGUCGAAAUCAAUGAGACCUUUGCCAAUCCAAGGCUCCGACGGGCAUACGUUGCGCUUCAAGCCUGGAAGGUGGCUAUUUAUUCAGACCCUUUAAACACCACCGCCAAUUGGGUUGGCGCUGAUGUCUGCCACUACACUGGAGUUUACUGCGCUACUGCUCUCGACGACUCCACCGUCGAAGUCGUCGCCGGCAUUGACCUUAACCACGCCGACAUUGCUGGUUACCUGCCGGUCGAGCUCGGUCUGCUUGCCGACAUAGCCUUAUUCCAUAUCAACACCAACCGAUUCUGCGGGAUCAUCCCAACCAGCUUCUCGAGGAUGACUCUGCUUCACGAGCUCGACCUUAGCAACAACCGAUUUGUUGGCUAUUUUCCUGAGGUGGUUGUGAGGAUUCCUAAUCUGAAAUUUCUUGACCUCAGGUUCAAUAAUUUCGAAGGCCCAUUGCCUCCUCAACUUUUCAACAAGACACUCGAUGCCAUUUUCCUUAACAACAACAGAUUCACCUCCAACAUUCCCGAUACUUUUGGGGAUUCGCCGGCGUCGGUGAUUGUGUUUGCCUACAACCAUUUCACGGGAUGCGUUCCGAGCUGCAUUGGAAAAAUGGGGAACACACUGAACCAGUUGGUAAUGUUGAACAAUGAUUUCGCUGGUUGUUUGCCCCCUGAAGUUGGGAUGCUUGGGAAUGCCGUGGUUUUCGAUAUUUCCGCCAACAUGUUUAGUGGGAUCUUGUCCAAGAGCUUCGAUGGCCUAAAGAAGGUCGAGAUUUUGGAUAUUUCUAACAAUUCCUUGACUGGGGUUGUGGAGGAAGGCUUGUGCAACUUGCCCAAAUUGGCUGAAUUCACCUUCUCUAACAAUUUCUUCAAUGGCGAGGCGGAGAAGUGCGUGCCGCAGAGUAGAAAGGAUGUUGUGUUCGAUGAUACUGCAAAUUGCUUGCCCGAGAGGCCCAAGCAGAAGGCGGCCGAGGCAUGUACUCCGGUGACCAGCAAGAGUGUUGAUUGCAGUAAGGCUAUGUGCGGCGGAGGAGCGCCAUCGCCGUCGUCGAUGCCGUGGCCAUGGAAGUCACACUCACCACACACACCACAAACCCCAGGACGUAUUCAUCAUCCUCUUUCUCCACCUUCAUUACACUCCCAACCACCAACGCCCUCAUCACCCCAACCACCAGUUCACUCUCACACACCAUCGGCCUCAUCACCCCAACCACCGGUUCACUCUCACACCCCAGCUGCCUCAUCACCCGAAGCACCAGUCGACUCUCACACCCCAGCAGCCUCGUCACCCGAAGCACCAGUCUCUCACACCCCGACAGCCUCGUCACCCGAGGCACCAGUCGACUCUGAGACCCCGGCGGCCCCAUCUCCAGAGGCACCAGUCGACUCUCACACCCCGGCAGCCUCGUCACCAGAGGCACCAGUCGACUCUAAGACCCCGGCGGCCCCAUCCCCCGAGGCACCAGUCGACUCUGAGACCCCGGCGGCCCCAUCCCCCGAGGCACCAGUCGACUCAAAGACCCCGGCGACCCCAUCCCCCGAGGCACCAGUCGACUCUGAAACCCCGGCUGCCCUAUCACCCGAGGCAACAGUCGACUCUGAAACCCCGGCUGCCCCAUCCCCCGAGGCAACAGUCGACUCUAAAACCCCGGCUGCCCCAUCCCCCGAGGCAACAGUCGACUCUGAAACCCCGGCUGCCCCAUCCCCCGAGGCAACAGUCGACUCUGAAACCCCAGGUGCCCCAUCACCCGAGGCAACAGUCGACUCUGAAACCCCAGGCAACAGUCGACUCUGA